CAUAAGCAAAACUGAAGAAGGCUUACAAAAGAUCCCAGCCAUGUCGUCUGGUGAAGAGCUGGAGAGCGUGGAGGCGGUGCUAGAGAAGGCUGGGAAGGAGCCGCUGCAGGAGAGAGAGCUGCGUGAGCUGAGGAGGAUUCUCUACGGCAAGGAAGCUGCACCACUGUCCGUCUCCGAGGAGGCUCUGAGGAUGGCGAGUGAGAAGAAGUUUGAGCUGAAGGCAUUCUCAUUCGGUGCAGCCAAGGAGCAGACCCGAGCUCCAAGACCUGUCAGGAUUGGACUGGUUCAGAACAGAAUAGUCCGACCCACCACUGACCCAUUACUGGAGCAGAGGGCAGGGAUAGUGGAGAGACUGAAGGAAAUGACGCACGCUGCUUACCUCUGUGGUGUCAAUGUCCUCUGCUACCAGGAGGCCUGCACUGGUCCUUUCUUCUUCUGCACACGAGAGAAGUUACCCUGGACUGAACUUGCUGAGUCGGCAGAGACGGGUCCCACCAUCAAAACCUGCCAGGAGAUGGCUAGCAGAUACAACAUGGUGAUAGUGUGCCCCAUUCUCGAGAGGGAUGAGCUACAUUCAGACACCCUCCACAACACCGCUGUCAUCAUUUCCAACACUGGUAAGGUCCUGGGGAAGACUCGUAAGAACCACAUCCCAAGAGUUGGUGAUUUCAAUGAGGUAAUAUUACCAAGAUGUGUGCUUUUUAUCUUCUCUUUACCUCGUCACACAACUUACAUCAUGGCUGCUAUAAAAUGUGCCCUUCUUGGGCCUCCAUCGUACACUCACUCAUAAAUAUCUCCACAGUCCACCUACUAUAUGGAGGGAGAGACUGGUCACAGAGUCUUCCACACUCAGUUUGGUCGGAUAGCAGUCAACAUCUGCUACGGAAGACACCAUCCUCUCAACUGGUGUGCUUACGGUUUGAACGGAGCUGAAAUUGUGUUUAACCCUUCUGCUACUGUGGGAGCUCUCAGUGAACCGAUGUGGCCCGUUGAGGCCAGAUGUGCAGCCAUCGCCAACACUUACUUUGUGGGUGCUAUAAACAGAGUAGGGACCGAAACCUUUGAGAACGAGUUUACAUCAGGAGAUGGGAAACCAGCUCACAAGGAUUUUGGUCAUUUCUACGGGUCCAGUUACGUCGCCAUGCCAGACGGUAGCAGGACCCCAGUGAGACUGGCUAACACAUUACUAGAGUCCCACGAAGAGGUUGUCACAUCUGCAGGGAUUGUCUCGGGUGGAGGAUGGUCUGCUAGUGACUGAGGUGGACCUCAAUCUCAUCCAGCAGAUCAGGGACAAGUGGUGUUUCCAAGUCAGUAUUAUAUGCAUACAGUGGAACCUCCGAUAAGGACACUCUGGAGUUACUCUGAGGUCCCACACAUUCACAUGUCUUUAAAAUAUGACCAUGAGGCUCGACAUGUAUGCCAAGCAGUUUGCAGAAGCUGUGAAGCCUGACUUCAAACCACAAGCCGUUCAUGAGCCAACAGACUGAUCAUUAUAGAGAGAAUAAUGUGUUAUUUCGGAGAGAUCGAUAUAGUGUGUGACUGGUG